AUGGUCAGAGCUACUAUGGCUACUAUGGCUCCUUGGCCCGAGGCGGUAACGGCCCAGCCCAACCCAGAUGAAUACAAGGGAGGCAUCACCGGCCAACAGCCCCCCACAGAUGGAAAAGGAAAAGAGCCCAGCAAAGGUGGUGCAGGGACCACUGAAACCAAGAUUGAGCUUCAGCCAUGCCACGCCACCGCCACCCAGAUGGAGGAGCCCACCCAUGUCGAAGACCCCUGGGCCCUGCCCGAGCUUCAGCCCGAGGGGACCAAGUGGUCGGAGAGAGACGCCAAAGGGAAGAUUCUGUCCGUCCUGAAAGGGGUCGGGAGGCUCCUUCUGCUCCUGGGCCUCCUCUACCUGUUCGUGUGCUCCUUGGAUGUUCUCAGCAGCGCCUUCCAGCUGGUGGGCGGGAAAAUGGCCGGGAAGUUCUUCAGCAACAACUCCAUCAUGUCCAACCCCCUGGCGGGACUGAUGAUCGGGGUGCUGGUGACCGCCUUGGUGCAGAGCUCCAGCACGUCCACCUCCAUCCUCGUCAGCAUGGUGGCCUCCUCACUGCUGUCGGUGCGGACUGCCAUCCCCUUCGUCAUGGGAGCCAACAUCGGGACCUCGAUCACCAACACCCUGGUGGCGCUCAUGCAGGCCGGAGACCGCGAUGUGUUCAGAAGGGCUUUUGCAGGGGCCACCGUCCACGACUUCUUCAACUGGCUCUCCGUGCUGGUGCUCCUGCCCGUGGAGGUGUCCACCCAUUUCCUGGAGGCCCUGACCAACCUGAUCGUGGACUCCUUCCAUUUCCAAAGUGGAGAAGAUGCCCCGGAACUGCUGAAGGUUCUCACCAAACCCCUCACAAAGCUCAUCAUCCAGCUGGAUAAGAAGGUUAUCCACCGGGUUGCCAUGAACGACCCAGCAGCUGAGAACAAGAGUCUGAUCAAGAUCUGGUGCAAAACGCUGACCCGCGUGACCCAGAUGAAUGUCACCGUCCCCUCGAUCCAGAACUGCACCUCGCCCGGCCUCUGUUGGACAGACGGCUUUCACACCUGGACCAUCAAGAACGUGACCCGCCGGGAGAACAUCGCCCAAUGCCAGCACCUCUUUGUGAAUGCCAACCUCCUGGACGUUGUUGUGGGCGUCCUCCUCCUGGUCACCUCGGUGCUGGUGCUCUGUGGCUGCCUGGUCAUGAUCGUCAAGCUCCUGUCCUCUGCGCUUAAGGGGCAAGUAGCCGUUGUCAUCAAGAAGACCAUCAACACGGAUUUCCCUUUCCCCUUCUCCUGGCUGACCGGCUACCUGGCUAUCCUAGUGGGGGCAGGCAUGACCUUCGUCGUGCAGAGCAGCUCGGUGUUCACGUCCACUCUGACCCCGCUGAUCGCGGUGGGUGUGAUCAGCGUUGAGAGGGCGUACCCGCUCACGCUGGGGGCCAACCUCGGCACCACCACCACCGCUCUCAUGGCCGCCUUGGCCAGUCCAGGCAAGACCUUGAAGAGCUCGCUCCAGAUCGCCCUGUGCCACUUUUUCUUCAACAUCACGGGGAUCCUUCUGUGGUACCCAGUCCCGUUCAGCCGCCUGCCCAUCCGCCUGGCCAAGGGCCUGGGCGACCUCUCAGCCAAGUACCGCUGGUUUGCAGUCUUCUACCUGGUCACCUUGUUCUUCCUGUUCCCGCUGGCCGUGUUCGGCCUAUCGCUGGCAGGCUGGCCGGCGCUGGUGGGCGUGGGGGCGCCCAUCGUCCUCGCGAUCCUUCUGGUGCUGCUGCUCCAGCUCCUGCAGGCCCGCUGCCCCCGCGUCCUGCCCGAGGUGCUGCAGACCUGGAGCUUCCUGCCCCUGUGCCUGCGCUCGCUGCAGCCCUGGGACGCAGCCCUCUCCCUGGCCACUGGCUGCUGCGUGAGGAGCUGCUGCUGCUGCUGCUGCAGCAAGUGCUGCCAGGAGCUGGAAGAGGAUGACAUCUGGAUCCAGAUCCCCGAGGCCUUUGGUACCAUCGCCAUGGGCAGAUUUUAA